UUAAAGAGGAACCUUCAAACUAACACUAACAUCAUUGUCCAAUUGAUGUAAGCAUCAUGUGUAUGAUUCAAUACGAAAAUGUCACCAAAUAUUUCCAUAUAAAGUCUUACUUAACCCCCUCCACUUUUCCCUCUUAUUUAUAUGCGUCACAACCAAAGCCCCUUUCAUAACUGCAUCUCCCUAACCUGAUUUACUCUGAAAAGCUCACCAAUGGAAACAAUAUCUCCAAUGUGGUUCAUAAUUCUUGGGGUAACUGGUUUCUUUGUGACUCAUGCUUAUGGGGUGAACAUGCCUCUAGAGACUCUUUAUAGUGGCGCUCAUCAAGAAGUAAUGCUUGGACUUAAAGCAUUCAAGGCCUCCAUUACUAGACGUGACUCCAUUACUUCAACACCACCUUCAUACUCACCCUCUCCUAGUCCUUCUCCUCUGCCAUCACAGGAUCUCAAGAAACCACACGUGUACCUAGUGACAUCUUAUGGUGCAGAUCCAACAGGCAAUUCAGACAGUACUGAAGCUCUUCUUGCAGCCAUGGCUGAUGCAGCCAAAGGUACAAGUGAAGGGUUCUUAAUGAAGGACAUCAAAGACCUUGGAGGUGCUCAGAUUAAUCUUGAGGGUGGAAACUACGUAAUUAGCCAACCACUGAAGUUGCCACAAGCCGGGGUUGGAAACCUCAUGAUACACGGGGGAACUAUAAGAGCCUCAAAUAAUUUUCCAUCUGAUAGACACCUCAUAGGCUUGUCAACCUCAGGAGAAAGCAAAUCCUACGAUUAUGAGUACAUAACUUUCAAGGACCUCUUGUUGGAUUCCAACUUCAAGGGAGGGGGCAUUUCAGUAAAAAACUCCCUUAGAAUCAACAUAGACAAUUGUUACAUUACACAUUUCACCACCACUGGAAUUUUAGUCCAAGGUGGCCAUGAAACCUACAUCAGGAACUCCUUCCUUGGCCAGCACAUCACUGCUGGAGGAGACAAAAAUGAAAAGAGCUUCUCAGGCACUGGAAUAAGCCUUCAGGGUAAUGACAAUGCAGUCACAGAUGUUGUGAUUUUCUCUGCUGCCAUAGGAAUAAUGGUAACUGGCCAAGCCAACACUAUUUCUGGAGUACAUUGCUACAAUAAGGCCUCAGGCUUUGGAGGCACUGGUAUUUAUCUGAAACUUCCUGGUUUGACACAAACUAGGAUUGUGAAUUCCUACAUGGAUUACACCAAUAUUGUUGCUGAAGACCCUGUUCACCUUCAUAUCUCUAGCAGUUUCUUCCUUGGUGAUGCCAAUAUUGUGCUGAAAUCAGUCAAAGGGGUUGUAAAUGGUCUCAACAUUGUUGACAACAUGUUCUCUGGGUUAAACCAUGGGAUUGAUAUAGUCAAGUUGGACCAAUCAAAUAGUGCUUUUAAUCAAAUUGAUCAAAUUUUUGUUGCUAGAAAUGUUGUGAAGGGCAUGAACUUAAAGGCCACAGCUGCAAAGAUGUCUAUGCAUGGGAAUGGAACCUCAUGGACAGCUGAUUUUAGCAAAGUUUUGCUUUUCCCUAACCUUAUCAAACAUGUUAUGUAUUCUUUAAGUGCCAACGGCAACACCUUCCCAAAUCAUGCUCUCAGAAAUGUGUCUAACAAUCGAGUUCUGAUUGAAACAGAUGAGGCUGUGGCUGCAAAUGUUUUUGUCACAGUGGAUCAAGGUAUUGCAAGUUGAAGAAUGUUAGAAGAUGGUCGCCAAAAAUUGUUGGAUCAAGUUCUGAUUGAAGAGGGAAUUGUGCAUAGCCUAGUUGCGAAUUCUUUCUUUCUUUCUUUCUUUGGGCAACAUUGAAUGUAAUUAUGUAACCAUACUAUUACUACGAUUUUUUUUCUUCAGAUUGUAUGUUUGAAAUUAUUAAUCACAUUAUACAUUAAACUGUAUAUAAAGGAAGAAAUAUUUUAUAGGAAAUCAUUCUCUUAAGACUUUGGGUAAAACACCUGGACCUAGAUUGAAUUAUUUGAAAAUACCAGCGGCUCUUAUAUAAUUCUGAGGACUAGUUUUGUAUCAGCUUCUAAUUAAUGGGUGAUAUGCAAUUGUGACAUCCUAAAUCCUAAUAUUAUUUUUUUUUAUCAUUGCUUUGUUUUUUUUAUUUAUUUUUUAUUAAACUCAUGACUCAAAUUUGAGAUCUUGAAAUUUGUAACACUAAUUGGAUCAAUGAAUAUUGAUACAAUUUUUUAAGGUAAGACUGCUUAA